AUGAUCACAACACGAUUACGUCUGUGUGGUUUGCAAAACAUGGUCCAACGACAAUUUUCCAGCGUCUCAUACGCGAAACGAUAUGAGCCGGAACACGCGGGACGUAUCAGAAAUGUCGCCUCGGCUAGCCCACUGAUAAGUGAAAUCAAAGCAACCCUCCCAGCACUGUCACACGGUCAAAGAAUGUUUUCCAGCAUUAAUUACCUGCGAGGAGAUCUGGAAUGUACAGCUGGGACGAUGAACGAUGUGAAACAGACGAUAAUCCAAAAGCUUGGAAUAGAAGUCGGUUACACACCGUUCGUGAGCACGCGAGAGCACCUGGUGAAGUAUGUUCCCCAAUCUGUGAGCGCCCUUCCGCCUCGAAGCAUGCAAGAUUCCUUUACGUCGGCGAUAAUUCCGCUCACGACGGAUAAGAUUCUCAAGGACAAGUAUGUCGGGUUCAUGGGAAACGUGCGCGUUGGUCGGUUGAUGGAAGAUAUGGACAUGUUUGCUGGUAUAGACUAUCUAUUGUGCGGGUUGGUUUUGAAUUUAAUGGAUGGUAUGUUGGUUUAUCUCCUCUCCGUAGUCUGGGUAGUACAUAAACACGUGCUGCUGCCGGAUCUUCCCGAAGGCGUUUCGCUACCAUACACGUUCGUAACGGUUCUGGUGGACAAAAUUGACUUUACCGAUCUGAUGCCAACGCAUGAUGCCGACAUUCGUCUGUCCGGUCACGUGAGUUGGGUUGGACGUACUUCCGUGGAGGUGGUUGUCUGGAUGGAGCAAAGGCUUCACGGCAAAUGGCGUAAAUUAACCCGCGCCCUGUUCCUGAUGGCAGCUAGGGACGCCACAAACACGAAGGCAGCCUUUAUUAAUCCCUUAGUGCCGGCGAACGAAGAAGAGAAAGCUAUUUUCGACGGAGGAGAAUCACGAAAGAAGCGGCGCAUCCAGCUGCAGAAAGAAGAUCUGUUGAAAACCGAACCCAACGACUUCGAACAGCGAAUGGUGCACGAGUUGUUCGUGAAAUCGAUCGACACGAAGAGUAAAGCGUUCAACAAACGCAUCCUUCCACCGGGAUACGUGUGGAUGGAGGAUGCAACAAUGGCGAACAUAGUGUUUUCCCAUCCGGAGGAUCGCAACGCGCAUAACAAGGUGUUCGGAGGGUUUCUGAUGCGAAACGCGCUGGAGUUGAGCUGGGCUUUGGCGUACAAUUUUGCCAAACGUCGUCCCAAGCUGGAGCGUAUUUCGGACAUUAGCUUUCAUCAUCCCGUGGACGUUUCGUCGAUGUUGAACAUGCAGGCGCAUGUGAUCUUUACCGAUCUGCACUACAUGGAGAUCGUGGUUCUUGCGGACGUGUAUGACGCCGUGACCGGGCAGCAAACUACGACAAACAGCUUCUAUUACACGUACUCAGUCGCCGAACGGCUGCCGAAGAUAAUGCCCAAGACGUACCACGAAGCAAUGUAUUAUUUGGAUGGACGGCGCAAAUUCCGUUAUGCAAUGGGCAUCGAUACUCCCAAAAGUGUGCCUUCACCUGAACCCGCUCCCGAAGUUACGGAAAGUAAACUGUAAUAGGUCCGCUUACGCGCUUACAAUAACGCGACAAACAUUGUUGCUAAAGUAUAGAAACAUUCGCAAUUCGAUAUUGAGUUUACAAAACGAUACUUUCCGUUCAAUAUUAUUUAUUCAGUAACAUUGGAAUUUUUGACAUAUUUUUGCUUAUAAAGCACAAAUUAACGCGCAGCUUUCAGUGUAAAACUAAUCCCAGUGCAACUGAGUCUAAGAUAUUAUUAUUAAUGACCAGCAAAUGAUACAGGAAAAAUGUUGAUAUAAUUUUACA